AUGUUUAAGCGGAGAACGGUGAACCAAAAGCCAUCAGUUAACUACUUGAUGUUGGGCAUGUUUAAGGACGGUGAGGAGAUUAGUUGUAAAUUCAACAACAUUGUUCCGACCAUAUCAGAGGUUGAGAAGCUUGGUGCGCGUGCAUACCGGCUUGACGGACGUGCACCACCAUCCCAAACACACCAAGAGGAGGAAAAUGAAUAUGCGAUUUUACCACAACACCUCCCCGUAUUGCCGCUGCCAAGAAAACUCAAAAGAACGAUGCUUCAAAAUCUCCACCGCACAAGAAGCCCGGAAGAUGUUGACGGCGGCAUUGCUUGGUCGAAGCCACCAACCACAAUCCCAAAAAAACCUACAGUUGGUCAAUCAUCUAAAAAAUCUGCUUCGGUGGUAGAUAAGCCAGUUCAAUCAAAGGAAAAAGAAAAAGCGGCUCCAAGUGUCCACCGCGUUCCUGUUGACGAUGUAUCAACCAGCACAUCAGUUGACCUCACAAGUUUGAGGCACGAACUUAAUCAAUUUAAGCAGGAAGUUGUUUUUUGCGAGCUCAAGGAUCUUCGCAAAACUAUUGAUAAAAAUUUCAAAAAAGUUUUGGAACAUGUCAAAGGGAAUCAAAACUCAGAAAAGGAUGAUGACAGUGAAACUCAAGUCCCUUUACAUGAUGGCAACUUACAUCAACAAGUGAUGAUUACAUGGACCAUGGUGACGAUACUCACAUGGAGGCGAUACGGGAGAAGGGUCUUGCCUUCGGAUAUUCAAGUCGGUAUUGGCAAUGAUAGCGGCGAUACGCUGAAAGCUUCAACCGAAGAGAUUGCGGAAGGAGGUGAUCAUUCAGGAGAACAGAAGACUUCGGUUGAACGUCCAGUGGAUCCAACAGAGGAAAAGGGCAUUGCACCGGAUAUUCAAUUUGAUAUUGGCAAUGAGAGCGGCGAUACGAUGGAAGCUUCAACCGAAGAGAUUGCAGAAGGAGGUGAUCUUUCAGGAGAACCGAAGACUUCGGUUGAACGUGCGGGGAAACAUACUAUGGAAGAGAAAAAAUGUUCUGAUGAUUCAAAUAAUUCUGAGAUGAUCGCACAGGUGCUAGCAAAUAUAGCAAAAUCAGAAAUGACUAACGAACAAGUUCAAGCAGAAAAACCCGAGGAAAACACCAGCUCAACUGUCUUAGAGGAACCCCAGGCAGCAGUUUCUAACGCGCAGCCGUUGUCUCAGUGGUUGUUGCCUGAUGAGUAUUUACCAAGCCAAACCCCAGGGAAAGAAAUCAUGUUACAUCCAUCAGUCACACGAGCUACACGCCCCAGUAAAUACAAGUCUUCACCGUUUGUGACAGAUUUUGGUAGUAGUUCGGGAAAGAAUCAUGUACAUGGGUUUGAAAAAAAAUAUCCAUUCCACAUAGAUCCCAUUACUAGUCCACUUGAUGUACAGAUGGUGAAUGAAUAUCGUACUUGGCUUCGAAACGGUCUCGCUUGUGAGGCACGAUAGCAAGUAUGUGUUUUUCUCAUAGUUUUACAUAUAGUGAUUCCGCAUGAUUUUUGUGAAUAAGUUGAGGUAUUUUGGUUUUUUUGUUGCCGCAGAAAGAACUACGAAGACCAUUACAAAAAAAAAAUGGCAGGUUUUGACAAUGGAGUCAAAUUCAAUUUUGGCAUCACAACUGUCAAUGAUAAGAACUGGUUUCUGUUAUCGAUGGAUGGUCAGCUUUGGAAUGACGAGGUGAUUUUUUAUCAGCAACGAUAUGCCUAUCAACUAGUUGUUUUACACAUGCACUUUGUGUAUUUUAGCUGUUGUGUAUUUUACAAAUACACAGCAGCUGGAAGUAUUUUCAGGACAUUCCUUCUGCUGUGUUUUUAUAAAAUACAGAGAGGUUCUGAAAUUUACAUUUUUGCUACUACAAUGCUGUUUUACGUAUUUGACUGUGAUCUAAUUUAUGUAUUUUUUAACAUAACCAGCACAUUGACGUCAUUUUCUAUUACUUUCG